AUGGCCUUUUCAGCCAAUUUAAGAGCUGAAGAUGUUAAUGCUAUAGGCCGAAAACGUUUGGAGAGAAUAGUAGAUUUGGAUGCUUUGGGGAUUGGUUUGAUUGUGACCGGCCUCCAACAGGACGAGGAUAACGAUCUCAAAUCAAAAAUUCGUCAGAAAUUCACGCGAGAGUCCGACGAUUUUCUUGGACAAACAAUUAUUGAAGUUCGAACGCUGAGCGGUGAAAUGGAUGUUUGGUAUAACCUCGUGUGCUCUUACAUCAUUACAGAAAAGCGUACGGACAAAUCGGCUGUAUCCGGGGCGAUUCGACUGCAAAUUUUGGUAGAAAUCAAGGGUGAAGAACAAACUGCCUCUUAUCACGUCCAGUACACCGCUUUGCAUGAGAACAUAUUCUGUUAUCUAUGUGGACAACACGAACCGGUCUUCCUUCCCGAACCUGCGCCAGCCUCAGCCAAACCGUCCACAGAUGCGUGGCGUGUUUAUUUCAACCCGGUUGGUCAAGAAGUUGUGGACGAAUUCGCCAUGCGUUAUGGAAUCGAACCGAUUUUUCAGGCCAUGACUCAUUUUGCGUGUUUGACGACCAAAUACAACUGUCCCUCAGUCCCCGCUGUGUUGUCCGUACUGUUGGCCAACAUCAACGCUUUCUAUGCGCAUACAACCUCGUCAAACAGUCAAACUGCAAGCGAACGUUUCAGUGCAAGCAAUUUUGGGCGCGAGAAGUUUAUCAAACUUUUGGACAGUUUGUAUAUUGCUAUUCGGAUUGAAUUAUCCAAAUAUCGGACGGUUUUUCCGGCCUCCAAACCCGAACGGCUGAUGGAUCUGAAGUCCACAGUGGAUCUGUUGACUAGUAUCACGUUCUUCCGGCUAAAGGUAAGUUACAGUUUGUUAAAUGUUCAAGAAUUGACUUCGCCCCCACGGACCGGACAAAUUCUGCGCGAAUGUAUCGCUGCCUGUAUACACGCGACCUAUCAGUGCCUGUGCGAAAACGUGCAUGAAUUGUACGGGAAAAGUGUUCAGAGUGUGGGUGGUGCCGGGAAUGGUGGUAACAGUGCCGGUGCCCCGACCGAGCUAGGUCCUGUGGAUGGUCAGCAGGACACAUCACAACCGAGUCAGUCGAUGGGCACGAGCGGAACGGAACCCUCGGACGAUAUGCGCUCGCUCACCUACUGGCAUCGAUUGAUCACCUUGAUUGUUUCCGUCCUCGAGGAUGAUCGAAAGCAUUAUGCACCGGUGCUCAAUCAAUUUCCGCACGAAAUUAACCUCGGAGACAUGUCAGCCGAGAUGAUGUGGAACUACCUGUCGGAGGACCUGUCCGCCGAUUUACAGCAUCAUGCUACUCUGGCCCGAAAACUGAUGGAUUCCGGUGAGGUCAUGGAGUCGACGCAGACCGCGGUGCGAUCGAGGUUUCGCGUUCCCGGCCGGUCGCAACAUAACGGGCCGGUGAGCACGAACGGAUCUGGGCCCCGGAUCAAAUCGUCCGAUUACAUGAAUCUGUGCUUCCGAGUCAAGUGGUUUUACAACUCGUAUAUUGCAAGUUUGCCCCAGUGUCGCAAUAAAGUGCCUGAGUAUCCGAAAUGGUUCGAGAGUUUAGUCAUGCUAUGGCUAACAGAAAAUGAUGACGUCUCGGCUAACUACCUGCGAAACGCCUAUGAACGGGACAAGCAGGACGGAUUUCAGUGUUCCAGUGAGCAUGUCCUGUACUCGAACUCUGUGGUUGAUGUGUUUACCCAAUUAAACCAGUGUUUCGAUGUGAUUCGCAAACUCGAGUGUCCGGAUCGCGAGGUCGAGGGGCACUUUUUGCAUCGAUUUUCCCUGACGGUCGAAAAGGUGCUUCUGGCCUACACGGAUCGUGUUCUCGCUGAUUUCCCUACAUAUCAAACAGACGGGAGAGUCGCAUGUAUACUGGUGACCAACACGCAGCAACUUCGUGUUCAACUUGAAAAGGUUUACGAAACCAUGGCGCGUGAAAGCCUGGAAGAGAGAACCAAUGAUCGGCUGACCGCGCUUCAGGGCCGUCUAAACGAGGCCGUCGACAAACUGGUUAUGCAACUCACGGCCCAAUUUGAGAACGGGGUACGAACUCACGUGCGCGAAUGUGGUCGUCUGCUUCAAAAGGUGAGUUCAGUUGUCUGGGUUUCCUUUUUGGGGGUCGGGGGGUGGAGUUGCAGGUGUUAA